AUGCAGAAAGACAAGGAGAUUCAGCGUGCCGGCACCCGUUCAGGAUCUGACGACCCACACCACCGACCAUCGAGCGAAGACCUGAGCGCUUACGAUCCUGUGGAGGAAUGCAUUCAAGGCGCCGGUUCGCCAAUGGAACUCGACCUCAACCCAGGCCAAUCGGAUGACUCCCAAGAUAUAUUGCAGGGGCUGUCCGACCUUUUGAAGCCAUCGACAAGUUCUCCACGUAUAUUCGGAGCUUCUAUGCUCUCUGAGCCCGUGGACAUUUGGCAAGACGUACCAAGAGGUCUCUCCAGAUCUCCAUCCAUUCGAUCUUCGGCACGACCACCCACGAGUGCUAGAUUGCGCAUCGAUCUUGAUCUGAAGGACUCUGCAAGAUCUGCCACCCAAGAGAAAGUAGACCCGGGUCCUACCCAGCCCUCUGAAGAGCCUGUGGUCCCCGGCGUACGAUGGCCAGGUCUCAACAAGCAUGAGCUCAACGCCUGGCGACGAAAGCUCCCCCCCAGCCAGCGCAUAGAGAUCAUGAGUGCGUACUUGAGGUGGGAACGCGGGCGAAUUUCCCUUCGCUUGGAGAAGCUGGAGGAUCAGUACGACCGGCUUGCCACUGCUAAGCUCAUCGGGACGAAGGAAUGGAACGAUCAAGUCCAGGCUGUCUCCAAAGCCGCCGUCGCUGCUUGUCUUCACCAUGGCGCAUGGCAUGACGCCUGCCUCUUUGCAAAGGCAACCGGAUCUAGCGACGGGACAGACUGGGUGUGGUUUCGCGAUGACCUCCAAGACGCAGCAUCUCGAAUGCGUGCAGCCCUCGAUCGGCUUCUACUCCGAAGCGAGAGAUUAUUCAUGAGAUCGAUGCGCAACAAACCGGCCGACCUGUCUCCUGCAAAGGCACCCUCUCGGGUACGACAAGUUCGUGGUGAAAUUGCGACACCUGGCAGUGUCCGUGGCAGAGAAGCCCGCGCAAAGCAGAAAGAAAGGGUGCUCCAUCGUGCGCUCAGCCUUGAGCUGGGCGUGAAGUACCCUUCGAGUCCCAUUUCUCCUCUUCGGCAGGAGAGAGGCAAAAGUCCAGAUACCUAUAUGGACUCCGAGUCUGCCAGCGAAGGCUCUACUCUGCAGGAUGAACAGUACACGUUCGAGUCAGAGACCGAUGUCGAUGCAGUCGAUAUGUCCACGGUUGUCCAGCGGCUGGCAAUGGCAGUAGCCGACGACUUGCAGUCCGAUCAGGCACUGUCCGGGCGGGCAUCUCCAGGCUUCUCUUGA